GCUAAAUUUGGCAUCGGCCUCUCUCUGCACAGCGUCACUGUUAUGUUAUGAAACAAAGUCCUGCUGACAGGUCACUUGUCACCAGAUGAGCGGCUGCUGACUCGCAGUAAAAGAGGAUAAAUCUGUGGGUUUCACCACCAACUUCCAGAUCAGAGGAGCCUCUUGGAUCAGAGUCUCUGCCCAGGUCGUCUGCGUGGAUCCCCAGAAUUCUUCCAUGAUGCUCAAGGCUAAGCUGCAACUCUGUCAGAGUUGUCUUUGGUGCUGCAGGAGUAGACUGCGUCUGCUGUCUUACGUCUCCGCACACAGAAAACCUGUGAACUACUACAAUCUCCUGGGAGUGAAAUCUGAUGCCACCGUUGAGGAAAUCAAAAAAGCUUUUUUUGACAAAUCUAAGAAGCUGCACCCAGACAGCGACCCAUCAAACCCAGCGCUGCACAGCCAAUUUGUGGAGCUGAAUGAGGCGUAUCGAGUGCUGAGCAAAGAGCCGAGCAGGAAGGAGUAUGACUUCAAAAUCAGACACAGAUACACUGGGGGCCAGGCCUCGACAUCUACUGACAGUCACAACAUCUACAAAACCAGUGCAGACACCAAGGAACACAAUAAUUACUGGGAGCAGUUUCAUCAGUCUCCUCGUGCUACGAUGACGGCGCAGGAGAAGCAGAAGAGGAGGAAUAUGAACUACCUCCUCGUGGGCUACUGUGUCCUAACUAUGGUCCUCAGCUUAGGAGCCCACAUGGUCUUCUUCAGGAAACUGGACGACAUUCACACCAACUACAUGGACGAGAAAGACCGAGUCAUCACUCAAAUUUACAACGACUCCAAAGAGAAGGCCAAGGUCAACGGUUUUAAGAAACAAACUGAAAUCCUCCGGCAGAAACAGGCAGAGUUCCUUGAGAAAUACAAAAACCCUAACAGUGGAGUGGCCAAGUAGGAGAGUCUGCCGCUGUGCGCUCUGUGAAGAGUUUGAAGUGACAGAAUGGAUGUGCUUCUAGUUUUAGAAUUUUAAAUAUUUUUAAUUACCUGUGUUUUACAUCAAUCCAACCACUGAUCUGAAGAGACACAAGAACCAGGUUGUGAUGCAGGAAAGUUGCAGCGGGUUUGAAAAUUGGAAAGAACCAUUUUUACUUGGCAGCAUCUUUGCAUGAGUUGGACUCAGAUGAAAGUUCUCAAAGGCUUUUUUCCACUGUUUGUACAAAUGAGCCAUAAUGAACACUGUCAAACUGCCUCUAAUGAACUCACACAUGCUGGUCAUCAGCAUGGUUUGUGGGGUAAGUGCUACAUGAGUUGUAGAACUCACAGAUAACACAGGAUUCAUGGUGCCUGCUACUGUCUUGGUAAAAUGUCUUAGUUGGCACACAGAGAGGGACACAGCCGAAGAUUCCGCUUUGGUCCUUAAAUGCCUCAUUCUGACCAAAGGAGACGGUUGCAGAAUCAGGUUUUUGGCUUUUUUUCAGUUUCUGUGGUCAAAUGAUCAGUCAGGGUCAGUUUUUGAUUAUUUUUUAGAUUUACACAUCAUUGUCAGGCUGCUGUUCUUUUUUUCUAUGACAAGCCAUUCGAAUGUUAAACAUUUGUUUAAGACAUAAACUAUAAACAAUGAUAUCAUAACUCAAUUCAUGACACUGCGGCAUUUAUUUAUAUAUGUAGUCAUUUUAAGUGAUAUAGAGACGUGAGACCGUUAUUUCCACCAUAACAAUAUUAACCAUUUUGCCUUUUUUGUUUUAAGGUUGUUUUUUUUUUCUUGGCUACCUCACCUGUCUUCUAGUCUUGAGGCGUGUCAGGGAUAAAUAUUAUAUUAAAUAUAAUAUUAAAACAUCAACUUUUUUCUCCUCAACCUUAACUUCUUGUUUGUCCCCAUUCCCACUUGUCUGGAGAUACUGCAUAAUUUCAACCUUGCUUGCAUAAUUCUCAUUUCCCUCCAAGUAUUAAAGACAGUGUUGUACAAAUA